CUAAUGCUCUAUUAUACUUCAUCUUUUUCUUCCUUUCGUCCAUUGAAGCAACAGCCGAACCGGCAAACUCGUUGAAUGAUGACAUUUCUUGACACCUUGUGGAAACCGACAAGGUUAGACGAAAUGCCGAGGUGGCAGUCCGAACGACCCCAUCCCAUCGCAUUCCCCAAAUGCUACUCUACCCUACCCAGGACUCACCAUCCCACAUGCCCACCGAUCUGCUUCCAUCAGCAUCAGCCACCGCGUUUGAGGCGAAUCUAAUGCGGCAGGGCGACGGGAGACGCUGCCGAGCCGGCCUGACUCGACUCUCUCGCUCCACUGCCCGUCUUUUUUAGGAAUUGAUGUCAAAUGCUACUAGUAGGUAUACUGCACUAUGUAGCGCCGAAAGGAGACUUUUUUUUUUUUUUUUUUUCUUGCGAGGGGGGCCAAAAUAGGCAAUUUGGCUUUUUCUUUCUUUUCUUACAGGCACCUUGACAAACAUUUAAAAAAAAUGAAAAAAAAAAGUAGCGAGUCUAGACAAGGCAGUUCGUUCGCCGUAUUACUUGCCAUCUCGAGAGGAUGGCCCGGCAUUACACACAUGCUCCCUCUGUACACCCAACCACCAACUACACGUGGCUGCGAUGAUUAUAUUAUAACUUGCUCAGGGCGCAACUUCGGAUUCAGCGGCCCAGACGGGACAACUUCAGCGCCUUGUAUACACUGCAAUGCAAGCAUGAAGUAUAAAAUUCUCCUUGUCCCUUUGAUUCUUAACACCGACGCCCUAUCAGAUCCGCAAUCGUAAUCGCCGGCGUGCCGCUGUCGUUGGUUCAAGGGGCCAACAAAAAAGAGGAUUGACUGAUCGCUACCGUGCCAUGCGGCAGAGAAGUUGUGGAACUUUUUCAGCUGCGUUGGAAGUUCAAAGACCACAAAAAAAAUCACGUAACUCUGGACUUUGGCACAUUCAUGCCAGUUACAAACCUACUGUACUUGCUGCAGUGCACUGUUUGGGCUACCCCCCUGUAGUUGUA